CAUAGGAGCACUGCAUCACGCUAAUGUUCAGCUCAGAACAGUAUGCGUCAGCAGUACAUCCACGUUCUGACUGAAGGACGAAAGGAUGAGAGAGCAGCCUGGCUGGUUGGCUGCUGUUUCCAACACCAAGCAAACAGGGAGAGAGGAGGACUAUUAGCAGAGAAAAAUGCUACGGGGCUCUGAUAUCGCUGCCUGCUCUCCUGCUGCUACCACCACUGGACAAGAAAUUCAAGGCAAAACGAGGAGAACCCCUCAACUCACUACCUCACAACAAAAGGAGCUACAGUGGGAUUUCCACGAGGCAGAAGAAAGGCUGUGAAACCUGUCCCUUCUUCGGACCAAUCUCAAAUCAAGGGCUCAAGCACUGAGGUGUGUGUGUGGUUUCCUCUCCAGCAUUCUUUCUAUCACCCUUUCCACAAAACUGCCCCCCUUCACUCGCUUUCCUUUGAGAUAUUAAUGGAUUAUUGCUAAGUGUGCAAGAGGCAGGCUGCAGCUGCUGCAUCCACAGCUUGGAAAGCAAAGCUAGUUUGGAAAAAAAAAACAGCAAGGAGAGAGAAAAAAAAACAGUCAAUGCCUGCAAUGUGCUGCCUUUCUCUUUGUACAAAUCAGAAUCCUGCAGACAGCCUGUGUAUCUAAGGAAUAUCCAUGGAAAAUUAGACUGAGCAACUGAAAGCAUCGCUCAAAGCAAAUACAGAGGAUUUCAAAUAUUUGGGGUUGUUAACCAUUCUUUGCUUCCUUUUUUAAACCAACCGAUACCUGGUCUCCAGCUUCUCUCAGAAAUGGAUUAUCGUCAGUCUUCUGGCAGAGACAGCAGUGGAAUCAAAGGACGAAUAGCUGAACUGCAAAAGGCACCAGUCCCGGGGGAGCAACAGAAUGAUGCACCUGCAUAGCCAAGUGGGCCUCACUCCCUUCUUGCAUUACUCUUAAGGUUAUUUUUCUUUUUACCCUUUCUUGCAUUGGGAUUUACUUAAGGAGCCAUUUUGUCUUAAUAUUUAAAUCAACUCCAUCAUCCAUAGAUCUGGCUAAUAAAAUUAAGGAAUUUAUGGAAGGACUGAUAAUCCAGCUCUCUGGAGGAGGGCAUUGGCGUGAGGAAUCUGAAAUGUUCUUUCCCUAGGUAUUUAACAUUUUGCUUUUCUGUCUUUUCAAUGCAUUAUAAGUUGAUGUUUUUAGCAAAAGGAAAAGGCUAACUGCUUCAUUAUCUAGCACCCCCACCUUUGAUGACCACCACUCCCACCAGUGUGUAGAUGGAAAAGGGAAUUUGUAGCCUCCUGAAGCCUGGGUAGGGCCACGUUCUCGUUUCCAUCCCAAAUCCCAGACGAUGGUGAAUUAUGAACGUGCCACAUCAUGAAUUUCUUGUGGCUGGUAACUGUGCACCAUACCUGGAAGGCCGUCCUGUUUUCUGUAAUCUACCUCAUGGUGCAAGUGUGGAUCCCAUGUGCAGCAUUUUCAGGGCAACAAAACUGCCCUUCCGUUUGCUCCUGUAGCAAUCAGUUUAGCAAGGUUGUUUGUACGCGCCGUGGCCUCACAGAAGUCCCCCAAGGUAUCCCAUCUAACACAAGGUACCUCAAUCUCAUGGAAAACAAUAUCCACAUGAUCCAAGCUGACACGUUCAGACAUCUCCACCAUUUAGAAGUUCUACAACUUGGUAGAAAUAUUAUCCGACAAAUAGAGGUUGGGGCAUUUAACGGGUUGGCUAGCCUCAAUACUUUGGAGUUGUUUGACAACAGGUUGACUUUAAUACCUAGUGGGGCAUUUGAGUAUCUUUCUAAACUGAGAGAAUUGUGGCUCAGGAAUAACCCAAUUGAGAGCAUCCCAUCCUAUGCUUUCAACAGAGUUCCCUCACUUAUGCGCCUGGACCUAGGAGAGCUAAAAAAGUUGGAAUACAUUUCUGAGGGAGCAUUUGAGGGGUUGUACAAUCUAAAGUAUCUUAACCUUGGAAUGUGUAAUAUAAGAGACAUGCCAAACCUCACACCCUUGAUAGGACUAGAGGAACUAGAGAUCUCUGGUAACAACUUUCCUGAAAUCAAACCAGGAUCGUUCCAUGGAUUAAGAGCACUAAAAAAGCUAUGGAUUAUGAACUCUCAGAUAAAUAAUAUAGAGCGCAAUGCUUUUGAUGACCUGACAUCUUUAGUAGAAUUAAACCUGGCCCAUAACAACCUAUCCUCCCUUCCACAUGACCUGUUUGCCCAUUUGCGAUAUUUGGUGGAAUUGCACUUGCACCACAAUCCAUGGGACUGUGACUGUGAUGUUCUUUGGCUCUCCUCGUGGCUCCGAGAAUAUAUUCCAACCAACUCCACGUGCUGUGGUCGCUGUCAUUCCCCACCGCACAUGAAGGGGAAGUACGUGGUUGAGGUGGACCACUCAUCGUUCCAGUGCUCAGCCCCUUUUAUUAUGGACGCUCCUAGGGAUUUAAAUAUCUCAGAAGGAAGAAUGGCAGAACUCAAAUGUAGAACUUCAGCAAUGUCGUCUGUUAGGUGGCUGCUACCUAAUGGUACUGUGCUGAGCCACGCUUCCAACCAUCCACGAAUCUCUAUACUAAAUGAUGGAACAUUAAACUUCUCACACGUCCUGCUUACCGACACUGGAGUCUACACUUGCAUGGUUACUAACGUGGCGGGAAACUCUAAUGCUUCGGCCUAUCUCAAUGUCAGUACUGCAGAGCUCAACACUUCCAACUACAGUUUCUUCACUACAGUCACUGUGGAGACUACAGAUAUGGCUCCUGAAGACAUCUCAAUGAUAAUCAAACCAGUGCCAACCACUUCCACUGGGUAUCAGCCAGCAUAUACCACUACCACCACAGUGCUCGUCCAAACCACCAAAAUGCCAAAACAGGUGGCAGUCCCAACUUUAGACGCUGGAGACAAAACACAAACUAGCUUGGAUGAGGUAAUGAAGACGACUAAAAUAAUCAUUGGUUGCUUUGUGGCAGUCACACUUUUGGCAGCUGCCAUGCUAAUUGUGUUUUAUAAACUAAGAAAGCGGCAUCAACAAAGAAGCACUGUAGCAGCUGCACGAACUGUCGAGAUAAUUCAAGUGGAUGAGGACAUCCCAAGUGGGAGUCCAACUGGAAUAUCAGGUGAGGGGCCAGUAGUUUUGCCAACCAUUCACGACCAUAUGAACUAUAACGCCUAUAAGCCAGCACACCAUGGGGCCCAUUGGACGGCUAACAGUAUCGGUAAUUCUCUACACUCCACAAUUACAACUAUCUCUGAACCUUAUAUAAUUCAGACCCACACAAAAGAGAAGGUACAGGAAACUCAAAUAUGA